UUUAGCUAGUAGCUCUAAUGGCUUUGAACAAACUAGUCCUCCUGAUUGCUGCUGUUGUGAUUCUGCUUCCUGCAAUCGCCAUGGCGAAAGAUAUAGUUGUCGGAGGCGAUAGCGGCUGGACACUGGACUUCGAUUACCAAGCUUGGGCCAAAGACAAAGUAUUUCAAGUUGGUGAUACUCUAGUGUUCAAGUACACACCUCCGGCACACAAUGUGUACAAGGUCGACGGAACUGGGUUCAAGGAUUGCACCAAACCGGCAAAAAACGAAGCACUGACAAGUGGAAAUGACAGAGUAGACCUGGCGUCCGCCGGAAAGAAAUGGUAUAUUUGCGGCGUGUCCGAUCACUGUGAUCAGGGCAUGAAGCUUAACAUCACCGUUAUGGACAAGUCUUCGGCUGUUCGUUAUGAAGCUCGGAUCAUCUCCUCCGGUAUUCAAGUCUUCGUGGUGGCCAUCAUUGCCAUCUUAGCACUUAUGGUGUGAUCCACUCUUAAGUCUUAACCAUAUUUUUAUUCAGCACAUGAAUUAUGAUCGAUUUUUUUCACUUUCAGUUUAACAAUAAGGAAUUAUGAGUGAGGGCAGAUUCAAAUUUUGCCUACUCGUAAGAGAAUUAUGUUUGUUAUAAUGUUUAGUUCACUUUAGCAGUUGUUCCAGUCUAUACACUUGUCCUUAAAAACAUAGUUAGAAUGGACUCAUUGCAAUUUAGUGGUU